UGGAGCCCCACCGAGCGCUGCGGAGCAAACCUCGCCUCCCUUUCUGGGCGCAAGUGUGAGUGACUGCCCUAUGUUGUGUUGAUGCCAGUCUGCCAUGCUAGCCUGUCUACCAGGGCCAGGUGACCUGUCCUUUCAGCUUCUUCCUCACACGCAGAUGAACACUGGACUUCAGAAAUGGGACACUACACAGAAAAUGAGAACUGCUCACUAUCCUACCCCAGCCGAAUUGGAUGCAUAUGCUAAGAAGGUCGCAAACAACCCACUGACUAUAAAAAUCUUCCCCAACAGUGUGAAGGUUCCCCAGCGGAAACACGUUCGUCGUACUGUGAACGGCCUCGACACAUCAGCCCAGCGCUACAGCCCCUACCCGACUCAGGCUGCCACCAAGGCCGGCCUGCUUGCCAUUGUCAAAGUGCCAGCCAAAAGCAUACUCAAGGACUUUGACGGCACCCGAGCCCGGCUGCUCCCUGAGGCCAUCAUGAACCCCCCAGUGGCACCCUAUGCUACUGUGGCACCCAGCACUUUAGCCCACCCCCAGGCCCAGGCUCUGGCCCGCCAGCAGGCCCUGCAGCAUGCACAGACCCUGGCCCAGGCUCCUCCCCAGACGCUGCAGCACCCUCAGGGUAUCCCGCCCCCCCAGGCGCUGCCCCAUCCUCAGAGCCUCCAGCAGCCUCAGGGCCUGGGCCACCCUCAGCCCAUGGCUCAAACCCAGGGCUUGGUCCACCCUCAGACCCUGGCUCACCAGGGUCUCCAGCACGCCCCCAACCCCUUGCUGCAUGGAGGCCGGAAGAUGCCAGACUCCGAUGCCCCCCCGAAUGUGACCGUGUCUACCUCAACUAUCCCCCUUUCAAUGGCAGCCACCCUGCAGCACAGCCAGCCCCCGGACCUGAGCAGCAUCGUGCACCAGAUCAACCAGUUUUGCCAGACGAGGGCAGGCAUCAGCACUACCUCAGUGUGUGAGGGCCAGAUCGCCAACCCCAGCCCCAUUAGCCGCAGUCUGCUCAUCAAUGCAAGCACCCGUGUGUCGACCCACAGCGUCCCCACACCAAUGCCUUCGUGUGUGGUCAACCCCAUGGAGCACACCCAUGCGGCACCCGCCGCGCUGCCCGCUGCAGGCCUUGUCAACCUGCCCACAGGCAUCUCUCGAGCCCCCACGGGCUACCCAAGCGACCUCAAGUCAGUCGCCUGGAACCAGCACCAGCUGGCCCACCUACAACAGAUGUGCAGUGAGGCUGGUGGGACGCCGGUAGCCCCUGGCCUGACAGGCAAGCAUGCGGCAGGACGCGAGCUGGCAGGGCCUGGCUUUGUGGGCAAGGCUCCUGCCUACCCGCAGGAACUCUGCCUGGCGCAGUCCUUCCACCUGAAGCCGCCCCUGGAGAAGCCAAGCCCAUCCCCACCAGUCAAUGGCCUGGCAGCCCCAUUGGCCUACCCCAAUGGUCACUACUUCCAACCCCUGUGGAACAACAUUCUUCCCACUCCCAAUAGCGACAGCUCGGGGUCUCAGGACCUCACCAUGCCGUUCCAUGGUGGGCAGCCCACAGGUGCACCCCUCGACUGUGCUGCAGCUGCUGGGGCCCACUACCGAGCAGGGACCGGGGGCGGCCCAGUGGCAAGCCAGAACAGCUUGAUGCAAACCGUGGAUUACCUGAGUGGGGAUUUCCAGCCGGCCUGCUUCCGAGAACAGAGCCUGGCCAUGCUGAGCAAGGCCCACCGUGCCCCUGGUAACCGUGCCCCUGACCCCACAGAUAGCCGGAGUCUUCAUAUCCAGCACCCGGGGUAUAGAUAGGGAGCUUAUCCGGCAUAGACUGCCCUCCUAGGUUUAGUCUUACUUUUGAGUAACUGGAUAGGUUAACUUUUUUUUUUUUUUAACUGCUCCAGUGUGAUCACUCUUAGUUGUCUGCAACAGGGAAUUUGGAGGGAUCUGAUUGAGGGCAGAGGUGGGUCCUCUGUCUCCUCAUCCUCCCCUCUAUCAGCUCUUCUCUCCACUUCCUGCCUGUCAGUCCCUCUAUCAUGGCCAUCUCCCUGCAGCUGUGCUGUUGUGUCCUGUACCUCUGGCCAGUGCCCCUUAGGGUUGAGGACACAUCUACCGAGGUGAGGUAGUUGGAGGUUACAAGCUUACCCUCCCCCAUCUGUCUUUAGGAUGGAAAAGCCAGACAUUCUGAAUCCUCUGGGAGCCAAUUUCUUAUUUACCCAAAGAUCUUAAAUCAAAACCAACUCAUCUUCAUCCCCUCAGCCCUUUCCUCAAAGCUUUGUGUUGCAUCCUUACUGAUCUCAGUGCCACUGCAUCUGCCCUUGCCAUGUCCUUGGGCAUCCUGCAGACAGUUAACCAUAGCCUUGAGACAUGGAACUAGGUCUUCAGAUCUCCCCUCCCCAGCCCUAGAGAAAUGAAGUUCUGGAGCCUAGAAACCCAGAAUUCAGAGGCUCGCCGAGUCAGGCCCUGUCUGAAGCCUCCUGGAAGAAUCCCUCUUUUGUUUCUUCUCCUGGCUGGUAUUUGCUGGCAUUUCCUUGAUGGUCCUUGGCUUAUAGCUGGACACUCCAUCCAUUGUACUGCCAUCCCUUUCUCACUGUGGCUUCUCCCUUCACUGUCAGCUGCCCUCAUCGCCCGCCCAAACCCUCCUUAAAAAAUACUUUAACAAGCUACCUUAACAUGAGGAAUAGUAGGUAAGGGGUGAUCACACUGGAGUCUGGAAUUAAAAACACCAAAAAAAAAAAAAAAAGCAUUUGGUUCUCUCUCCACUGGCUAAUUCCUGCUCUACACUGUCAGUUCAACUGUUUAUGUACGAAUGUAGUGUGGGUUUGAGUAGCAUUGUGUGUGAGCGGGCCCCACAGGUACACACGCAUCCUCCAGCCACCACAGUCACAGCCCCUCAAGUUUAAAUAAGACAGGAGGGAAAACACAAACACAACGCCUUAAGCUCUUUGAAUUACUCCUUUACCAAAUGAGCAUGGUUUUGACCACUGGAGAUGGGCCCACAUUGGAGAAAGCCCCUCCUGGCCCCGCCCCUUCUUAGAGCACACCCCCACCCCAUCCAUGCUCCCCAUGGUCCUGCUCCAAAUGAAAACUAGUUGGCUAGAGAUGUCAAACUCUGCUGUAAACUUGUUUUAUUGUAAAUGUUUGUACCCUUCUGUUAAAGAUACAUCCUUGGCCUUUUUUCUUUUCUUUUUUAAAACGAGCCCUGACCCAUCCUCUUGUCUCUGGGGAAUGUGAGCUGAUGUUAUUUAAAAUUUUGGAUUUUGUUUAGAAUACUAUCCACUGUUCUUUAGCCAGAGAUUAUUUAGUGACCUGAAGCAAUGUGACUGAAGACCAGUUCUUAAAUUAUGUGUUGGCAAAUUGCCUUAUAUUUAAAAAGAAAAAAAAGAAAGAAAAAAAAAAGCCUGGUUGUGUUAUGCCAAAUGAUAGCAACCCAAGGCCCUAAUUUAUUGUCCCCAUUGUUUCCCUGCCAGCCCCUCUGGCCCUGAGCCUCCUGGUGUGGCCUCUGCUCUCUCACCCGGCCCUUCUCAGAGCCCUGCUCCACAGGCGUCAUCCCCAAGCUGGCGCUUUUGCUGUCAGUUUCCCUUCGAGACGCCUCUCCCUGCAAGCGGGGCUGCCAGUUUAAGAAAUUGGACUGUCCACCAACUUGGGGGCUUUAAUUCAGACCACCUUAAACCCACCUGCCCACUCCUGCCCCUAGUCUGCAUGGAUAAUGUACUGUGAUCGCCCCGCCCACUGCCCUCACCUUUGUAGUGAGCGGUUUCCUAAUUCACCCUGAGCACCCCCUCAGCCAACCCCCAGCCAGCAAUAAGGGUCCAAGCCAGGACCUCCUGCCCACACUCCCUGCCUUCAUCCUACUCGACCCUUGGGGGACUCCCCUACUCACUGCGCACACUGUAGCAUUCAUUCACCAUCUCCCUCACGUUCUCACCUGUGGUGGUUUCUGGGUGUGAUAGGGAUUUUAAGAUUAUAAACCAGUAAAAAAAUGAAAAACAAAAAAACAAACCUUCCUUUUGACCUUGGCCUAUUCGUUGAA